AUGUCGGCACGACCGGCCAAGGCUUUGCCGCCGAUUCCACCUCCAAACGACGCAGACUCCGCAGAACGUCCCGACUCGAGCCGUCCCAGUCGCUCCAGCAGCUCUCUACAUCGCAAACCUGUCCCCAGUUUUGCACAGCAUCCUUCCAUACCUUCCUUCAGUAUCAACGAGCAUGACGACACAGUAGUGGGAGGCCGUGAUUCAAGACAGUCGGGAUCUCUCAGCAGCUCUACGGGGCAUUCGAGAUCAACCUCAAGAGAAACUCCAGACAUAGGGCAUUACAGGGACUCGGGAUAUUCGAUUCCAGUAACUAGGGAUAUUCCUAUUCGCCAAACACACAUCAACGACGGGUCGUAUCGCAGCCGGUAUUCGCAAGCCGCCAAAAUGGACACUACAAACUCACAAGACGGCGAAUCCACGUAUAGUCCCCGAGACCAAUACCAGCCCCCUUACUACUCCCAACAACCGACACCACCAGCUGCUACACAUGCAAAUCGCGACACGGUGCAGUCGCCGAGUUCAGACUCGCAACACUCGUCGAGUGACAACAGCGGCCGCAAUAUAUACAGCUUCAGCCCAGAUGGUCCGCUGCAAGUACCCCGCUCCGCGGUUCCCAGACCCAGCUCUGCCUAUACCCUGGGUUCGGAAUUGAAUAUACCAGGCAACACACAAUCCCGACGCCUCUCAGUGGGCGGCUCCCCUGUAUCCAGUGGAUCACCGAACCCUUACGCGCGACAAACCUCGACAAGUCGUCGCUCGCCAGACCCAAGACCCUCAUCCUAUAUCGACUUACUGAACCUACCCUACAACCAACAAAUCGCUCCCGCCGCGAAUCUGGGAAAUGCGGCGCUUCGAGGUGCUGUCGGGCAAAAUGCGUCACUUCUCGAUACGAAAAAGACGCUGGACAUGUACAGAGGAAACGUGAAGAAGACACAGGACAGCGCCGUGCAGUAUGAGUUUGCCUUGUUCAUGAUACAAGUGGCACGCGAGAUAACGGCCGAGGGCCCUUCCACGGACGAUCACGGACUGGCGCCAGCGGAGAUGCUCCGGGAAGCACGACAGAUUCUCCAGAAACUAGCCGACCGUAGUUAUCCUUUUGCACAAUAUUACCUCGCGGACGGUUACGCGUCAGGUUUGUUCAAUAAAGACAAGCCUGACUACGAUCGAGCAUUCCCCCUUUUCGUCGCUGCCACCAAGCACGGGCACGCAGAAGCCGGGUACCGCGCUGCCCUUUGUUAUGAGUUUGGCUGGGGCUGUCGCAAGGACUACGCCAAAGCGGUUCAGUUCUUUCGUGCUGCAGCCUCGAAAAACCAUCCUGGAGCCGCUACCCGGCUGGGCAAAGGCAAAUACAGAGAGGGUGUGAAAUGGCUGAAACGUGCGUCCGAGUCUGCCGAUUUCCAAUACAACAACGCACCGUAUGAGCUGGGUCUACUGCAUGAGACAGGCUACGGAGACGAUAUCUUCAAAGACGAAAUCUACGCGGUGCAACUUUUCACUCAGGCUGCGGAAUUAGGCCACGCAAUGGCCGCUUUAAAGCUUGGAGAAGCUUACGAACAUGGCUUACUACGUUGCCCCAAGGAUGCCGCCCUCUCUGUACACUACUACAACUGCGCGGCUCAAGCCGACAUUCCAGAAGCUAUGAUGAACCUCUGUGCCUGGUACAUGGUCGGUGCGGAACCGGUUCUGGACAAGGAUGAGAACGAGGCCUAUGAGUGGGCGAAGAAGGCUGCGAAGCACGAAAUGGGCAUUGGUUGCCGGCGCGACCCUCUCGAGGCGAACGUUUGGUACGUGCAAGCUGCCGAUCACGGGGAUGAGAGAGCAAAACAACGACUUGCCAUCAUUCAAGCUGCGGCAUCUGGGCAGUCGCAUCUCCCAAACAACGGAGACAAGAACAAGCUCAAGAAGGGCGCCAAAGAUGAGAAUUGCAUUGUCAUGUAA